AUGGUGGUAAUUUCUGAUCAUGUCUCAGGGGAUGUUGAACAACUGAGGUGGGCGUUACGGGAUGUGGCCAUCAGCGCUACCGGAGUAGCUCACGGGAAGAAAGGAAAUGACAAACGGAAUACAUCUCUAGUUUCUCCAUGCCCUGUUAAUUCUUCUGUACUCCCUACACCGAUUUUUUCUCCAUCUCGAGAUGUUUUAGUUGACAUGGCGAAAGAAGAAUGGGGUGUUGAUGGGUAUGGAUUGAUGAAAGGGUUGAUCAGACUUCUUUCUCCUGGAAAUGACGAAGAGGAUGAAGAAGGUAGGCCAAGUGAAGGCGAUGUGGAGGAACAUUUAGAGGUGGAAAGGAGAGAAUACCAUGAUUUGAGCAUAUUUGAGAUGAUUUAUCCAAACUACAAUGGUGCUGGUCUUAUUGAUUUUGAUCUAUUAAUCUCAUUAAAAUGGAUUUGCUAUCUUAUUUAUUGGUUUAAUUUUGGAUCUAUCUAA